GAGAGAGAGAGAGAGAGUGCAUUGUGAAAAAUUAAACUAAUCUAUUUUAUUUUCCUUCCCUCCCCAAACACACACACACACACACACACACACACACACACACACACACACACACACACACACACACACACACACACACACACACACAGACAAACAGACAGACAGACAAGCACCACCCUCACCACCAGCCCAAAGCAGCACAACAGUAACAACAACUCUUAAACAACCAAACGUCACAAAAAUACAUUCUUUCAUCUUGUUUCGGCAACAACAACAACAACAGCAACAACAACAGCACAGCCCUGGGCGAAACAUUCAGGGCCCAGAUGACUUCCCUAUAUUGGAUGACUGAAAAUUUGUCAACACUGUGGCCCGAUGGCUGUGAAAACAUUGAGAGAAUGGAGCGGGUGGAGCCUAUUCUGAAGUUCUGCGUGGGGCCAACUCUCCUCCACUGGGCGGCAUCACAGGGCUACCAUGACCUGGUGGUUGACCUCCUUGUUCGGGGCUUGUCUGUGGAUGCUUGUGACCGGUUGGGCCGCACUCCACUGGGGCUGGCCACCUUUGCCGGCCACUCUAGCACUGUCAGCACCCUGCUGCAGGAGAACGCCGCUCUCUCUGCUGAAGACAAGGACUGGAGAAUAAUAUCGCGUGAGGAGGUUGGUCUCUGCUUAGUUCGGGUCAUUGAAGAAACUGCCGUGUGUUCCUUUGACGCGGCGAGGUCAGAAUGCUUCACUCUGCUCUACCUGGCCGCCCAGCAAGGCUACCCGAACAUGAUGCAUUGGCUUCUGUCCCUGAAGGUAUCACCAGACGUACGUAACAACCAAGGCGAAACCCCGCUGUUUGUCACGAGCCUGGCAAUGUCCUCUUCCCCCCUUCACAUCACAAGGCACUGGGGUCAGGUCAGGUCAGGUGAACUUGAAAUCGUACAACAGCUUCCCCCCCACACAGGCCUACCAAGACCUGCCAGCACCAUAUGAGGGACAUGGAGAUCAGAAAAUAUUAUGACCUUAAGCACAUUGGUGAUGAGGGUCACGAUCACCAACGUCAUGGAGGCCAUACUUGAGUCGGCCUUUCAGUUAAUUCUGCAGCUGUAUAUUGUUGGGACGCAUUACACUGAGCUGGACCAGGUUCUCAAAACUCAGAGGGCUGACUAUUUUAGACACACUGCCCCUCCUGUUCACAAUAUUCUUCCAGGUGGUGUCCCGCGCCAUCGCCUGUACAGUGUUCACUCUGGCACACACGUGGAAGGUGUUUGUGGUGUUGGGUGUACACUUUGUGAUGGUGCUGGUAUUUAAACUCAAGCUGGAGGAGAGGUAGAAGGCCGGCCGUCAGAGAGCCUGCGCACCAAGACAGCUGGAUUGUGGGUGAGGACAGAGUAUCCGAAAGGGUGGAGGGGGGCUGGCCAGUGUGAUAGGGGGCCUCACACCCUCCACCCAUUACCUGGUGCAGGUGACUGCUUACAACUCUGCUAGGAGCUACUCCAGGGCUACUCUACCACCAUCCCCCUUCCUGGAGGCCCCUCCUCCCCUGGGUUAGUGAUGCCCGGGGUGGCCACGACAGAUGUGAGGGUCCUGCUCCCCAUGGUUGCCUCCUGCCUCGCCCUGCUGGCCGCUCUUGUCACUGUUUGUGUUUGUGUCAGGAAGAAGCCCCCCCUGCCCCUCCAGCAGGUGUCCAGGGAUGGGAACAAAGUAGGUGUGCAGGAGAACAAGGAUAACCACAAACACAGGGAGCAGUUUUAUGCCACAGUGUGCAAGAUGUCACCCCACAGGGACCCCACUGCUGUUGACCGAAUCCCUGAGUAUGUAGACAUCUACCCGUAUGCAACCUUCCAAAUGAACAACACACAACAACAUCAACAACAACCACAACAACAACAAGCAUCACAGCAACAACCAGUCACAGCCACCACAACUGCCACCACCACCACCACCACCAACAGCAGCAACAACCACAGCCAAAACAGCAACAACAACAACAACAAAAAUUAGGCCAGACACAGUGACCUUGCUUACAACAACAACAACAACAACAACAACCCCACCACAACCCUUCCCACAGCCACUACCAGCCAUGUAAGCAAGAGAACUCAUCCUUCAGGCCACGCUGGGUUCCUAACGACAGGUGAGGUGGAGCAGGCGGCCUCCUCCAUGCGCGAUGGAGGGCUGUCACUCACUGCCAGAUGUGUCGUCAGUAUUGAUGUCUUUCUCGUGACAUCCCGCCCGUGAGGCACUGAACAGAGGGCAUGCAGCGUGGUGUGCCCGGGAGGAGGCGCCAACGUGGAGGAAUGUACAUAUGCAACAACCGCAGCCACACUGCAGUACUCUUGGGUUAACCCGACGUCGAGGAGUUAAGAGCAAAGGAGCAGCAUGGUUGGAGUGAGUGUUGCUCUAAUUGCUACACUAACAUUGUUGUUGCCGUAAGAACGAGGUCGUACUGCGCCGCUAUUUAUGCCACAGAGACUAGAUGCCUUUCAGUGUCUUUGCAGCACUCUAAUGUGUUUCCUGAAGUUAAUCUUUACUCUGUUCCAAGCCGAUCUGUGUGAAAUUUUACCACAACGCAGUGUACUACAUUACGUAUUUAUCAGAGACUAGUUUUGGUGGCCGCUCUACUUAACGAAGCCUAUAGUAACUGAAUACUAAAAGAGCUGAAUCAAUACUAGUUGUAAAGAAGAGAAACCGUUUUAUUUAUCUAUUUUCAUUGUGUCCCUGGAUAUUUUCUUUAAUGAGUCUCGAGUCUCCGAAGAACAGUAGAAAAGGAAAUUAUGUCUUGUCUUUCUUUCCUUUCCUUUUUUUUUUUUUUUUCAAAGGUACAAAUCGGUAGUAAAAAGGAAGGUUUGUCACUGUCAUGGCAACAGUAGCGAAGAAAGAACUGUCUAGCACGUCCCUUCCUUCCACAAGACCUCUUCCUCACGACUCCAUUUCAUUACUUUCCCUUCCCUCUCCCUCUCCCUUCUCCCUCUCCCACUGGCGUGUCCUGUAAAGUCGCGUUCCGUUCCAGCCUCGGCCAGUGACGCGGUAGUAAACAAGGGUGGCCUGCACACUCGUUCAAAACACGUCUCGUAAAAGUCUCAAUUCAAGACCUAUUUCUCGUCCUGCCACCAGGAGUUAGAAGGUCAGCCUCGAAGGGAUCCUCCCACCACGCUCCCAGCCCGCCUCUACGCCCCGAUAUAUCUAAAGAAAAGAUGUUUUGUGGUGUGGUUGGAGGGCGGGGAACGAGGAUGUUGCUGCAUUGGCCUGGCUGGUGUGCGUGUGUGCGCGAGGACUGUUGUUUUGUGGCCGCUUUCCUGUUUGUGCAUGUGUAUGUUUGAAUGUAUUUGUUAUUCAUGUAUUUGUUUAUUGAUUUAUGCAUUUGUGUGUAUGUUUAUGUUACUCACGAUCGUGAAAUUACUUGCUGUAGUUGUGACAGUCAGAUAUUACAAGCAGAUGAGGAGUUGGAAUUCACGCGAUAGAUAAGA